UCCCCCGUUGGAGCCUUACUUAGGGCUCUCGAAUGACUGACUUACAGAAUUGUCAUGAGUUUUUCUCUUUGUCACUUCCUCCUGCCGAGAGAAUGUUUCAGAAAAACCGCAACCGCUUUGUCCUUAUAGAUGAUCAUGUUAGAGCUGGGGUUAACUUCUUUGCCACUUCUCAGGAGAUUCUUCGCGAAUGGCGAUAUAUGGGAGAAGAAACUCUGGAGUUUGAAGAGGUUAAGAAGGCGUUUUCUGAAGAGAGAGAGAAAUUUAAUGCAGAGAAAAAAGGUUUGCAAUGGCGGGUUGCUGAGGCUGAGCGGAAGCUCGAAGAGCAGAAGCAGUUGAAUGAGCAAAAACAGAAAGAUUGGGAAUCUGCAUGUGCUCGUACGAACUCAGAGAUGCAGUCGCAGCGUGAUGCUAUUGUGCGGCUGUCUGGUGAGAACACGGCCCUUGCUGAUGAGGCUCAUCAGGCGCGUCUUGCUGCGGAGAAGAAAGAAAAGGAGUAUGUUGCGCGGAUCGAUAAGCUGGAGCUUCUUGCUCAGGAGAAAGCUGCGGAGUGUGAAACUGCUCAGCGCCUUCUUGAUGAGAAGGCGGCUGAGUGUCGUGCUUCUGAGCUUCUUGCUGAGGAGGCCUCAGCUGAUAGUAGGUGGUUGCUUUCCCGCGGCGUUCCGUUGCUUGCUGAUCGUAUUUUGCAUUCUGAUGAACUUGCGCGCUAUAUGUUUGAAUUGGGUAGGGCAGGGUAUAAUAGUGGACGCAAGUUUGGGUAUGCUGAAGGCAAACUUGCGGCCGCGAACAAUGAGAAGGAUUUUCACUUUGAGUUAUAUAAAGAUGAUUGUGAUGCUGCUUAUGCUGAGAAGCGAAAAGAGUUCUCGACGCUUGAUUUAGCUGUUGUUCGGGCCUCUGGGAAGUUGGCUCACAAAGCGAAUGGGGUGGCUUUGCUGAAAAAGGCCUUGGGAGAAGAUGGCGAUGAUGCUGCGGGAGGUGCUAGCUCUAGCCAUACUUGAUAGGUUGUUUCUGGCCUGCGUGCCGUGUAUGGCCCUGGAUGGGCUUGUAAUGGGUGUUUAAGACAAUUUUACUUUUCUUGACUUUGGUUGUGUUAUUGACAUAUUUUGCCGCUUUGUUUUUUGGUUAUGCAAAUUUUGAAAUCGUCAUAAUAUGUGCAUGUUUAAUUACUUUGAUCAGGUGUCACGAAUGAAUGAUGGCGCUGACAGGUUAUGUUGUGUUACUACAACGUUUUUAUUCUGUCGUUUAAGUAUGCGCGCUUGUAUGUGACAUACGAAGUGAUCGAGUUGCAGGUUAUUGUGUGAGCUCAGCUGGGAUCACAGCCUUGGGAGCGUUACAAUGUUUAGUUACCUUGCUAUCGAUAUUUUCGUGUUUAUGUGGGCACGAAGUUAUGUUUUUUGGCGUUUUGUAGGCUUUGGUUGUGUUUCUGACCCGGCUGUUCACUUGGCUGUGACGAGCCUUGGAGGUCUACAACGUUUCCUAUGGUCGAGCCAUUGAUGUUUUCGUGUACGCCCGAAAUAAUAAAUGCAGUUGUGACAAAAAAUUUGCAUGAAAUAAAGGUAGCCAAACACUUCUUGUAUUAGGUAAAUGUGUCGGCGAUUCGCCCUAUACGAUUACAUGUUUGUAUUAUAUGUAGCAUUUUCGUAACUGUUGGGCAUUCCAGGUUCGUGGAACCUCUUUGUCGUUCAUGGUGCGUAGCUUGUAUGCCCCUUUGCCGAGGACCUCAUCAAUGAUGUACGGGCCUUCCCAUUUGGGAGCCAGUUUUCCCGGUUUUUCUGCGUUGGACGCUUCAUUGUCCCUUAAGACAUAAUCACCUGGGUUGAAGGUGCAGAUCCGGACUCGGGAGUUGUAAUACUUUUCAAGCUUUGAUUUGUAUUUGGCUUCGUUGAUUGCUGCCAUCUCCCUCCGUUCCUCUAGGAGAUCCAGGUCGAUCAUCCUUUCUUCUUCGUUAUUGAUCAGAUUCAUGGAGAGCAUUCUCGGAGAUGGAAGCCCGAUUUCUGCUGGGAUCACAGCCUCGGACCCAUAGACCAAGCUAAAUGGUGUUUCUCCGUUGCUUGUUUUUGGCAUUGUUCUAUGGGCCCAUAAUAUGGUGGGUAAUUCAUCGACCCAUCCACGUCUUUUUUCACCGAGCCUUGCCUUUAUGCCAUCGACGAUGCUCUUGUUAACUGCCUCAACUUGACCAUUCUCUUGCGGAUGUGCGACCGACGAGAAGGUAUGUUCGAUGUUUAGUUCCUUAAACCAUCGUUCGAGAUCAUCUGCUGCAAAGUUUGUUCCAUUGUCGGUGAUGAUUCUGAGUGGUAGGCCGAAUCGGCAUAUGAUUUGUUCCCAAAUGAAUCGUUUAACAACUGCCGACGUGGUUGAUGCGAGUGCCUUGGCUUCCACCCACUUGGUGAAGUAAUCGACCGCGACUAUGAUGAACUUGACUGCCCCCGGAGCUUUUGGGAAGGGGCCCACCAUGUCUAUGCCCCAUUGCUGAAAGGGCCAUGCGGUUGUUACUGGUACCAGUUCGUUUUUUGGGCGCAUGGUUUAUGGUGCAUGCCGUUGGCAGCCGCUGCACUUCCUUAAUUCCUUCACGGCAUCGAGAUGCAUUCCGGGCCAGUAGUAACCGGCGUUCAUUACUUUUGCCACUACCAUACGCGGCCCGGUGUGGAUACCACAAAUGCCUUCAUGUACUUCCCGGAUCAGAUAAUUUGCGUCGUCGGCGUCAACACAUCUUAGCAGCGGGCCGAGAUAUGACUUUCGGUACAGUAUCCCGUCUGCCAUCUGAUAAUGUUCUGAUUUAUACUAGAUUUUCCGCGCCUCAGCUUUAUUUUCUGGAAGUAUCCCGGACUGUAAGUACAUGAUUAUGGGUGUCAUCCAGGACGUGGUUCCUGUUUGGAUGACGUUGACUUCUCUGAGUGGAACAGAUGGGUUGCUUAAAACUUCUAUGCGCACGUCUUUGGCUAGGUGCUGGAAACUUGUUGACGCAAGCUUGCUUAAGGCGUCUGCCGGCUUGUUUUCACUGCGGUUUAUGUGGUGCACUUUGUAAGAAUAGAAGGUUUGCAGCAACGUCUUUGCUUGGUUGAGAUAGAGUGCCAUUAUGUCGCCUUUGGCUUCGUAUUGACCAUUGAUUUGGCCUGCUACUAACAUGGAGUCCACAUGUGCUUCGAUGUGUCGGACCCCCAUUUUGAUUGCCAAACGGAAGCCGGCCAGAAAGGCUUCGUACUCUGCUUCGUUAUUUGUGCUCUUGAAGUCUAGGCGUAUGGCGUAAGUGAACUCGUGUUUGUCAGGGCUUACUAGCCGUAGCCCCGUCUGUAUACAGCAGCCAUGGCUCUUCGGUUUGUUUUUUUUUCAGCUUUUUCCGUCGCCUUACACUCUCUGUCUUUGUCAUCUGGGACUUCCGUCACGAAGUCUUCCAAAACUUGGCCUUUGAUCGACGGUCGUGGUCUGAAGACUACGUUGUGUCCCCCUAGCUCUAUCGCCCACUUGGCCAAUCUUCCUGAUAUUUCUGGCCUUGCUAGGAUAUUCCCAAUAUUGUAAUUUGUUAGCACAUGGAUGACGUGAUUGGCGAAAUAUCGGCGCAGCCUUCUUGACGCGUGAAUCAGUGCAAGGACCAGCUUUAGCGCCGCGCGCGUUAGGUCAGACAUUGCGGGUCCCAGAGUGACCGUUUGUUCUGGGUAUGCGCUGUUCAAUACCCAUUUCUCUGCUUCUAUGCGCGGUGCCUGUUUGCUUGCUUUUGCCGGCCUGAUUUCAUCUGUUGCUAGCACUUCUUUGCUUGCGUAUAUCAACGCAAUGCCUGUUUCGGUUGGAAAGCCUAUGGCAGAAUGUGGUGCGGAACAGAUCAUGCUGAAAUCUCCUUGGGAUUCUCUUCCUAAGAGGAUGUCAUGUCUUGAAUGUGCCGGUAGCACCAUGAAUGUGACUUCUUCAGUUCUUGAAUUUCUCCCAUCAGAAAGCAAUACUGGGAAUGAUAUUUGUCCUAGGGGAAAGACGGCCUCGUUGCAGAAACCAGUUAGUGGGUAAUCGACUGGUUCUAGGCGCGCCUUAUCCUCUUGGUCAAAUUGAUUGAAGCACUGUUCAUAUAUGAUGUCCGCGGUGCUCCCGGGAUCAAUAAAGAUGUAAUCUGUUUGGUAGUGGCCGAUCACCCCUGGGAUGACUAUUGGCCGCUUUUCUCUUGGGCCUCCCCUGACAACUGGGAAAACCACUUGCUUCUCGCGCCAUGAAUCAUUCUGCGCGCGCUUGUUGUAGUUUUUUCUUGGUCGCCGUGGACCUCCUUGCACCAUAUGAGUUUCUAGCUUUCUGAGCUUCUUGUUGUCUGGACCUUCAUCUCUUCGUUGUAUCUGACGGUAAUCGCGCUUUCCUCCUUUGACUAAGUGACUGAGCUUUCCGUCUCUUAGAGCUCUUUCGAUUUCUUGCUUUAAGCUAAAGCAGUCAUCGGUCAAGUGGCCCGUAUCUUUGUGGAAUUCACAGAAGAGAUUUGGGUCUUGACCCCUUUUGUUGCGCAUCUACAAGGGUGGUUUGAACUGAUGGUUCUCUGUGGCUAGGACUUCAGAAGGUGUUUUGGUUAGUGGAGUCCACUGCUUUUCUCUAUUUUCGCGCUUUACUUCUUUUCGAUGGGCUAUCUGAUUGAUCGUAUGGUGUGCAUCGUCCCGUGGGGGGCUUCUUUCUCUGUUCCCAGGAGCCCUCCAGGGUUGAUUCCUGCCCCUUCUGUUGUUUCGAUCGUUAUGGUUGUGUGCGCGCUGACGGUGAUCGUCACCAGUCAGUUGCCUGUCUGUCUGCGCAAUUGUCUUGGCCGCUUCAAUGAAGGUUUCCCAGUCUUUGGGUCCUCCAUCUCGCCCUUUGAUUCUUUUAACUAGAUCGUCGCACUUGACCGCUCGCAUGAAGUGUGCGCGCAUCAUUUUCUCUGGUAUGUCUCCGAUCUCUAGACAUUCUUUGUUGUACCUUGUAAUGAAGUCUUCUACGCUUUCAUAGUCUUUUCUCCAUAUGUUCAGACAAUCACCCGGAUCUCUGGCUUGUCUUCGUUGCUGAGAGAAGUGUGCUAGGAACUUCUCUCGGAAAUCGACCCAUGAUUUCAUUUUGCCAGCCGGUAAGUUGUCGAACCAAAUGCGCGCCGCGCCAACGAAUGUCUGAGCAAACAGGUGGCACCAUGUUGGUAAGUUCCGUCCGCCUGUUGCUCCUGCACCUUUAAACACCUGGAGGUGAUCGUCUGGGUCCGUCAACCCGUUGUAUUUACCCACGUUGUGUGGUAAUUUCAUUUUGUCGAUGGCCGCGCACGCGAUUUCUCGAAUGAAUUUUGAAUUUUCAGCCAUGUCUUCAGGACGAUAGCUCAAGGUGUAAUCAUGCUCUGCUUUGGGGUUGUACCCCGCGCGCUUGGUUGGUUUGUAUGCUUCGUGUUCCGGAGGAAGUCUGCUAAACACUGUGGAUUCCCCCUUGUAAGUUGGGUCGUCUUCCUCCUCUUCCCAUUCUGUAUUCAUGUUGCGCGCGCCCAAACGGGUUUGGACCGGCCUUCGUUGUAGAUUGGAGGUUUGGACGAAGUUGCUCUCUGUUUCAGCAUAAGUAUCGCGCGUGUCUUGUAUGCUGGGUCUUCUGACAUGUUGCACUGGUUCUCUUUCUGGUCGUAAGUUCUAUGCGUUUGUCUGCUGAGCCGUGUGUGUACUCAGAGACCUUGGUUGUGGAGUUACGAAUGCUGAUUGGUUAGCCUGUGCUUGGAGCAAGGCUUGUUGUGCGCUGAGCUGCGUAUAAACGAGGUUUAUGGACGCCAUUUGUUCGGCAUACCAGGAAGCCAGAGUUUUUCCCUCGGGUAGCCCUAAAAGUGCAGAGUAGUUGAGUUGUGCUUGUUCCGAUGGAACAGAAGGGCCUGGUCCAUGGCUUACAGUCUGCAUCGGCGGUGGUGUUUGGUGUAAUAUCCCCGUUGGAGAUUGGAGAGCAGCUCCGUUUGUGGUUUGAGUGAUGAUUCUUGCUGGUGUUUGGAAGAUGGGUCCAGUUGUGGUUUGGCUAACAGCCCUGGACGCAACGAAGCAUAUUGUACAAGCAUUCUUUGCAUAUCCUUACUAGUUCAUAUCAAGAUCAUCAAAUUCCACUAACCUCACAUAACUUUCAUCCUAAAUCAAGGUUAUUAACAAUAAUCCACCAUAUCCAAUUUCAUAUACAUCAAGACUAUACUUGAUUUAGCACAUGCAACAUCAUCAUCAUCAUAACAUUACUUCUACAAGUGGGUUUUCAUUAAAACAUCAAUAUAAUCAGAAAUUCGAACACACUUCAUGUUACAUGAGAUGGUUCUAGUCCAUUACCAUUCUAAUUUCACAUAGACUCAAGGAUUAAACACAACCCAUCUCAUCAAUGAUCAUCAAAUCGAAAACCUACAACUUACCACUUGGUUAGUAGGCUUAAAUGGUUGCACAUUCAGAUUCAUGCAUAUGAUUCUUGGCUUGCAACACCCUCAAUUGAAGGAAUUUCUUGUGCUAGGUUGAAGGAGAAGAAUUUCUCCUUCUCCUGCUUUUCUCGCGACCACACCCCCACCCAAAACACUGGGUUUUAUUUUUCAUAUGCUUUAUUUUCUUAAUUUACACAUUUAGCCCUUAAAGUUUCACUUAGUUAAUUAUAAGGCAUAACUUUCAUUCUUCGAUUGUCCCUACCAUAAUUUUAACUAGGUUAAAUAACCUAAUUAUUUAUUUCUUGAUGUACCAUAUCAUAAUAUUUAACGAACAUAAG